AUGCAGAUUGUCUCACCAGAGAAGGAUGUCAGCAGCAAAAUUGUCACUUGGGACAGCGAGAACGACCCGAAGAAACCAAUCAACAUGUCUGAGACGCGCAAAUGGUUAAUCGUCAUUUCCACUGGCUUGAUGACCUUCUGUGUCUCGUUUGCUAGCUCAGUGUUCUCAACUACAACAUUCGUGACGGCCGAGUUGUUCGGUGUCAGUAGCGAGGUUAUGAUCUUGGGUCUAUCAUUAUACGUCUUGGGUUUUGCUUUUGGACCUCUGAUCUGGGGACCACUUUCAGAAGCUUAUGGUCGCACACGACCCCUCUUCGCUGGCAUGAUCAUCUUCUGUAUCUUCCAAGUCCCUGUCGCCGUUGCUCAAAACCUGCAGACGAUCUUCAUCUGUAGAUUCCUCGGCGGUGUCGCUGGAUCCGCUCCUUUGGCCAUCAUCGGUGGAAUGUAUGUCGACUUUAUGGAGCCAAUCAACCGCGGGGUAGCCACUAGUGUUUUUGCCGGUGCGGUCUUCGCUGGACCCGUCGCCGGGCCCGUGGUCGGAAGUUUUAUCACCUACAGCUACCUAGGAUGGAGAUGGACUGCCUGGAUCACAUUAAUCAUGUCCGCUUUCUUCACCAUCAUCGCCUAUCUAUUGACCCCAGAGACUUAUGAACCAAUUCUACUGUCCUGGAAGGCCGAGAAACUUCGCCAUGAGACCAAAGACUGGGCUUUACACUCCAAGAGCGAAGAAGAUCCUCUCAACUACGAUACUAUUGUCAACAAAUAUCUUAUGAAGCCGCUCGUGAUGAUUGUCAGGGAACCCAUCCUCAUCAUUCUCACGAUCUACAUGAGUCUGGUGUAUGGCAUCCUGUACUUGACGUUCGAAGCCUACCCCAUCAGCUUCGAGAUGGACCGCGGCUGGUCUCCCGGUCUUGCGUCUCUACCUUUCAUUGCAAUCUUCAUUGGUGUCGUACUUGCUUGCGCCAUCAUCGGAGGCUUCUCCAAGACAUGGUACGCCAAGCGUCUCAUCGCGUCCGAAAAGCUCAAUCCUGAGGAUCGACUUCCACCCAUGAUUGCUGGGUCUAUCAUUCUUCCGAUCGGACUUUUCUGGUUUGCUUGGAGCUCUCACCCAGACACUCACUGGGUGUCUCAGGUGGUAUCUGGCAUUUUCAUCGGUCUCGGUAUUAUUCUGAUCUUUAUGAGUGGUGUCACAUACAUGGUUGAUGUGUACCUGCUCAAUGCCAACAGCGCCAUCGCUGUGAACACGUUUGUCCGCUCUGCAGUAGCUGCCGGAUUCCCCAUGUUUGCCACCUACAUGUAUCAGGGACUCGGUGUUGACCGGGCAACUUCGUUAUUGGCAUUUGUCUGCAUUGCGCUCAUUCCCUUCCCCCUGGUUUUCUGGUUCUACGGCAAGAAGAUCAGAACCUUGAGCAAGUUUGCGUUCAACCUCGGCUAG